UUGGAGCCGCGUGCGUAAAUUGGAAGAGGUUGGUUUGGUAAACAGGAGUAAGUGCACAUCUGGAUGCUGGGACUGACCGAGGACACCUGACCCGAGUCACAGGGGUCGGAACCGGGGGCCCAGGGGCUCCGGGCUGCUGCGGGAACGCUCCGUCCGGCUGAUGUUCCGCCGCUCAUCGCUUUAUCCCCCCACCAUCCAUCCAGCUGGCAUCCUUUCUUCUGUUUCCGAAGGAUGCGACGGGCCCGCGGUGAUGUGCACACUGUGGACACAUCUGGAGGUUUAGCUGAAAUCUGAGACAUUUUGCAUCCCCUCACUUCGGAGGAAUAAGAAGGCGUCGUACGGAGCGGGCAUCCCUCUGCUCCUCCAUCCUUCAUCUGCGAGUCGUCUCUGCUGGUGCAAUGGCUGUGUUGUCAGUUUUCCUCUCCAUGCUCCUCCUGUCCUUCCACACUCUGGGUCGAGGAUCACCAUCCUGUCCUGUGAGCUGUCGCUGCUACAGCCUCACUGUAGAGUGUGGAUCCACUGGCCUGAGAGACAUCCCAAAACACAUCCCUCCAUCCACCCAGACCAUCUUCCUCCAGGACAAUGUAAUUGGUCAGAUCCGUCGCCAGGACCUCACUUUGCUGAAGCAUCUACACUACCUUUACUUGCAGAAUAACACCAUCUCAGCAGUGGAACCUGGAUCUUUCCAGAACCAGGGUCAACUGUUGGAGCUGGCUCUGAACGGGAACCGGAUCCACUUGGUCACAGCUGACAUGUUUCAGGGACUCGAGCAUCUGCGCAUCCUUUACCUGGCAGGAAAUGACAUCACACGCCUGAUGGACUACACCUUCCGUGGCUUACAGCGUUUACAGGAGUUGCAUUUGCAGCACAACAGUAUAGAGAUGUUGGCAGACCAGGCUCUGGUUGGUCUGACCUCUCUGGCUCUGCUGGAUCUGAGCAGAAACAAUCUUCACACUAUUGGUCCAGCCUCAUUGCGACCGCUAGUCAGUCUGCAAGUGCUACGUAUCACAGAUAACCCGUGGCGUUGUGACUGCGCUCUGCACUGGCUGAGAAGCUGGAUUGAUGAGGAGGGCCAGCGUCUGCUCAGCUCAGCAGAGCGUCGACUGGUGUGCACUGAGCCGCCACGCCUGUCUCACCUCAGUCUGGUGGAGGUCCCCCUUAACAGUCUGGUGUGUAUCCCUCCACUGGUGCAGCUGGAGCCCAGGAGACUCGCUGUACGCCUGGGAGAAAGCCUGAGGGUGUCGUGCCAUGCCUCUGGUUACCCACGACCACAGGUGACCUGGAGGAAAGCGUCCCAGGGUAAAGUGGUGCUGUCUCCCAGAGGCCUGGUUCAGGAGCUGGGUGCUGGGGGAGGUGGCGUCGCAGGGUCAGAGGAGCCCUCAGAGGAAGGCAGAGUGAGUUUGCAGAAGACCGACAGCGAGCGCUUCGACCCUGACACCGGCAGCGGGAUGCUGUUCCUCAGUAAUGUGACGGUGGCACAUGCAGGCUUCUAUGAAUGCGAAGCCUGGAAUGCAGGAGGUGUAGCCAGGGUGACCUUUCAGCUCGCCAUCAACUCAACUACAUCCUCGUCUUCCUCCCCCUCCAUCUGGGCCUCGUGGUCACAGGUGUCCUCUCCGUAUUCCCCCACUUGGCCACGGCUGAGGAGUUAUGGUCCUUCUGUUGGUUCUGACGUGAGCCGGGAGCCUCUGUAUGCUCUAGGCAGCAUGGCUUUCAGCGCUUUGGGAGCUGCCACUCAGACCGCCAUCGCUGUAGGAAUCUCCCUCCUGGCUCUGACUGCUCUGCUCUUGGUCGCCAUGAUCUACAGUCGGCAUCAACAACAAGAUAAAGAGACUGAUGGAGCUGAGAAGGAAGAAAGCAUCCUAUACGUCAAUGACUACUCUGACGGCCCGACCACCUUUGCCCAGCUGGAGGAGUACCGUGACGAACGGGGCCACGAGAUGUACGUCCUCAACAGGGCCAAGCCUGUGCUGCCUCCUGCUCUGCCUACAUCUGUCUCCACCACUAACCUGAGCUGCCCUGCUCCAUCUGAAACCUCCAGUCACACCCUCUCCUCGGGGCAGGGCCAGACCAUGAGUCCAAGUCUGGCCCCCAACAAACAGCAGCAGCAGCAGCAGCAGCAACAGCAACAGCAGCAACAGCAACAGCAGGAGGGCGAUAUACGGACCAUGAGGAGAAUGGCAGGGGAGGGAGGGGAGGCGGAGCCUGUGAUGACAUCGGAGGCUGAAGGCAUGUUUCUUAACCACACAGGCCUGUUCAUUGACUCUCAGAUCGCCUACGAGAUCCAUUGCUGAGGAGAUGAGAGGGCUCCUCCAGCAUGAAGCAUUUGUGUGUCAUCUACUAUACAGCCUGUUACAUUAUAUCCCAAGAAAAUGACAAACUCAGUCAUUUAAUUACUUCAGGCUUUUAAAAAGAACAUAACAGGACCUUUUACACCAAAAAAUCAGUGGUGAGGCCAAUCAAUGUGUGAUGAUGCCAUAACCAAAUAUAUGUCAGUGGUAACCAGGCUGAUGGGUAGACGGCCACUGAAUGGCCUUAUACUCAGAGACAUCUGGACUCAGGCAUAAACUGAGCAACACACAACUGAACUGAACUGUACAUGAAAGUCAUGGUCAGUAUUUCUCAUAAAUACUGUCAUAUUGGAAACAUUUUACUGUCUUCAUGUUAAUAUCUAUCCUCUCAAGAAGUGGUUGUUUGCAGACAGUGAAAAAAGGGAAACCCAGAAAUCUUCCAGUUUAUGAGCAUGUAAGAAUAUUUAUGUAUUUUUAAGGUAAUUCUCAUUAAUGUCUGGACAUGUUUUAAAUGAAUCUUGUUGGCUAUUGAGCAUCUGGGGACAGUAUAGUGUAAUGUUACAGCAACAGCUGAAUUUUGUAAUUGUUUAAACGUGGGGGACAUUAUUCAUUGUUGUGGAUGAAGGGUCUUGAAAGAAGACUAUUUUUCAUCACUAUCAUGUAUCGUAUUGAUCAG